GGACCGGCGGCAGCGAUAGCGGCAGCGGCACAGGGUGUUUUAACUCAAAUGGGUGAUGAAAAGGACUCUUGGAAAGUGAAAACUUUAGAUGAAAUUCUUCAGGAAAAGAAACGAAGGAAAGAACAAGAGGAGAAAGCAGAGAUAAAACGCUUAAAAAAUGUAAGCCAUGUUUUUUUAAGUAAGUGGUUUUCUUAAAGGAGAUUUAAUUUCUUUGCCCUCAUUUUUCCAUUAGAACAACGCUUCUUCGGUGAAGUUCUUUUGUACUUCCAAUGUCACAGUCUGAUGACCGGGAUUCCAAACGGGAUUCCCUUGAGGAGGGGGAGCUGAGGGAUCACCGAAUGGAGAUCACAAUCAGGAACUCACCUUACAGAAGAGAGGACUCUAUGGAAGACAGAGGAGAAGAAGAUGACUCUCUGGCCAUCAAACCACCCCAGCAAAUGUCUCGGAAGGAAAAGGCCCAUCACAGGAAAGAUGAGAAGAGAAAGGAGAAGCGCAGGCACCGCAGCCAUUCAACAGAAGGGGGGAAGCAUGCUAGAGUGAAAGAAAAGGAAAGAGAACAUGAACGUCGGAAGCGCCAUCGAGAAGAGCAGGAUAAAGCUCGCAGGGAAUGGGAAAGACAGAAGAGGAGGGAGCUGGCAAGAGAACAUUCCAGGAGAGAGAGGGACCGCCUGGAGCAGUUAGAGAGGAAGCGAGAGCGGGAGCGCAAGAUGCGGGAGCAGCAGAAGGAGCAGCGGGAGCAGAAGGAGCGGGAGCGGCGGGCAGAGGAGCGGCGCAAAGAGCGGGAGGCCCGAAGGGAAGUUUCUGCGCAUCAUCGCACAAUGAGGGAGGACUACAGUGACAAAAGCAAGGCCAGCCACUGGAGCCGCAGCCCGCUACGACCACCACGGGAACGCUUUGAGCUGGUGGACUCCCGGAAGCCAGUAAAAGAAGAGAAAAUGGAAGAAAGAGACUUGCUGUCUGACCUACAGGACAUCAGCGACAGUGAGAGGAAAACCAGCUCAGCCGAGUCUUCAUCAGCGGAAUCGGGCUCAGGCUCCGAGGAAGAAGAGGAAGAGGAGGAAGAAGAGGAGGAAGGGAGCACCAGUGAGGAGACAGAGGAGGAGGAGGAGGAGGAAGAAGAGGAGGAGGAAGAGGAGGAGACUGGAAGCAACUCUGAGGAGGCCUCGGAGCAGUCUGCAGAAGAAGUAAGCGAUGAAGAAAUGAGUGAUGAUGAAGAGCAAGAAAAUGAAAACCACAUCUUGGUUGUUCCAGAGUCACGAUUUGACCGAGAUUCCGGGGACAGUGAAGAAGGGGAGGAAGAAGUGGGCGAGGGGACCCCACAGAGCAGCGUCCCAACUGAAGGGGACUACGUGCCUGACUCCCCAGCUCUGUCGCCUAUUGAGCUCAAGCAGGAGCUGCCCAAGUACCUGCCGGCCCUUCAGGGCUGUCGGAGCGUGGAGGAGUUCCAGUGCCUCAAUAGGAUUGAAGAAGGCACCUAUGGGGUGGUCUACAGAGCCAAGGACAAGAAAACAGAUGAAAUUGUGGCUCUGAAGCGGUUGAAGAUGGAGAAGGAGAAGGAGGGCUUCCCGAUUACAUCACUGAGGGAAAUCAAUACAAUUCUCAAGGCCCAGCACCCCAACAUCGUUACUGUCAGAGAAAUUGUCGUAGGCAGCAACAUGGACAAGAUUUACAUCGUGAUGAACUAUGUGGAGCAUGACCUCAAGAGCCUGAUGGAGACGAUGAAGCAGCCCUUCCUGCCAGGGGAGGUAAAGACCCUGAUGAUCCAGCUGCUGCGUGGAGUGAAGCACCUGCAUGACAACUGGAUCCUGCACCGGGACCUCAAGACUUCCAACCUGUUGCUGAGCCACGCUGGCAUCCUCAAGGUGGGUGACUUUGGGCUGGCCCGGGAGUAUGGGUCACCCCUGAAGGCCUACACCCCAGUAGUGGUGACCCUGUGGUAUCGAGCUCCAGAGUUGCUGCUUGGCGCCAAGGAAUACUCCACAGCUGUGGACAUGUGGUCAGUGGGAUGCAUCUUUGGGGAGCUGCUGACACAGAAGCCCUUAUUCCCUGGAAAGUCAGAAAUUGAUCAGAUCAACAAGGUUUUUAAGGACCUGGGGACCCCCAGUGAGAAAAUCUGGCCUGGCUACAAUGACCUCCCAGCUGUCAAGAAGAUGACCUUCAGCGAGUAUCCAUAUAACAACCUGCGAAAACGUUUUGGGGCCCUGCUUUCAGACCAGGGAUUUGAUCUAAUGAACAAGUUCCUGACAUAUUUCCCUGGGAGAAGGAUCAAUGCAGAAGAUGGCCUCAAGCAUGAGUAUUUCCGAGAGACCCCCCUCCCUAUUGAUCCCUCGAUGUUCCCCACGUGGCCUGCCAAGAGCGAGCAACAACGGGUGAAGCGUGGCACGAGUCCACGGCCCCCCGAGGGUGGCCUGGGCUACAGCCAGUUGGGUGAUGAUGACCUGAAGGAGACAGGCUUCCACCUCACCACCACAAACCAGGGGGCCUCAGCUGCAGGCCCUGGCUUCAGCCUCAAGUUCUGAAGUCAAAGCGACCCUGGCCCAUUCCCCGGCAGCAGGGCUCCUGCCCUGCCUGGACAUGUGGGUCCUGCAUCCAGAGCUGCCAUGAGCCAGGACCCCUGUCUUGGAACUCUUCAUCUAAACUUGAUUUUCCACGUUUUGGUUUUUAUAUUUUGAUUUGUAAAUUUGUAGAAUUAAAUCACUAUUUCCUUUUUGGAAUGAAAAGCUGUAUGUUUCCAGAUGUGUCUGCCUUGCCUCGUUAGGAAGGGUGGGUGUCUGCAGGUGUCAGAGUGGGCAACCCACCCCUCUCCACAGCAGAACCUUGGUCUGGAGCAGAGCCAGCGUUCUCUGCUUGUGGGUCUCGGGGACCAGAGAUCUGUGUCUGUGUGAGUGAGCAAGGUGGUCAUGCUCACCCAGCUGUCCAGACCAGCGCUGUUCACAUGGGCCUCAGUCGCAGAUCCGUAUGUGUGGUAGCCUCAGCCAUGGUGGGUUUUCAUAC